AUGUCAUAUAGAGGCCCUGGUGAACAGCCCAUUCCAAGGCAACAAGAAGAACAACCGCUGCAGCAACAGGAGUUUCGUCCAACACCAUUCCAUGUUAGUAACGACAAUAACAACUACGGUCGAAACCAACCAAACCAACCACCAUCUAGUUGGCAUCAUACAUUGAAGAAUGUUGCGGUACAGUUUGAUAAGUAUACUGCUCCUAUUGAGGAUCUUACUACCACCCCAACUGUGAUUGCGGUGAGACCUUUCAUUCCCGGAAUUGCCAGAUUUCUUAUCGUUGCUACUUUCUUAGAGGACUCUUUAAGAAUUGUGACCCAAUGGUCAGACCAAGUGUUUUAUCUGAACCAAUGGAAACAUUACAAUUGGGUUUUUGUCGUGUUUUUCCUUGCCACAGUCUCUUUAUCGAUGUUAAUAGGUACCAUUAUGAUCUUAGCUAGGAAGCACGUCAAUUAUGCAACAGGACUUCUGGUAGGCUGUAUUGUUAUACAAUCAGUAGUUUAUGGUCUCUUUAGUGGUUCUUCAUUUUUGUUACGUAACAUAAGUGUCAUUGGUGGUUUACUAAUCCAAUUUAGUGAUUCCAUUGCACAGAGCAAGACCACAUUUGGUAUGCUACCAGAAUUGACUGAUCGUAAUGCCGUUCACAAGGGUUAUUUGUUAUUGACUGGUCGAAUCCUUAUAGUGUUAAUGUUCAUGGCAUUCACACUUAAGAAAUCAUGGGUUACUGUAUUCAUUACCAUCAUAAACACUGUUGCAUUUGCGAUUGGUUAUAAAACGAAAUUGGCCUCAAUUAUGCUGGUAACCAUCCUGACAUUCUACAAUUUAUACUUGAACAACUACUGGUUUUACAGUGAUGCUCAACGUGACUUCUUAAGAUAUGAAUUCUUUCAGAACUUAAGUAUCAUCGGUGGCCUGUUAUUGGUUACUAACACAGGUGCAGGUACCUUAUCGGUCGACGAGAAGAAGAAAGUGUAUUAA